AACGUUAUUUAAAGAAUCGGUGAUUGAUUUAAAUGCUCAUAGACAUUGAUCAAUUUUGUACAGUAUUUAAUUUUAGUUUCAGUACUUUAGUUUUAGUAUUUUAUUAAAUAUAGAAAUUGAUUUUCGAGCUGUAAUUCAAGGAAGUGUAAAAGUCUGAAAGGAUGCAUGUAUGUGCAGAAGUUUAUAAUAUGUCAUUGAAUGACUUGAUAUCAAUUUUAAAGAAAAUUCAGCUGUGAAUUUUCUGGUAAAAAUUUGGUUUCUUAUUUAAGAAAAAAUCGUAAAUUAUGACUGCUAAAAAUGAAUUAAAGAAAAAUUAUGCCUUAAAAAGAUUGUGUUGACUUAAAAUUACAACAUUGUAUUUUUUUAAUUCUGACUGAAACAAUGUUGCCUAUCAUUAUAUUGUAUUUUCUUCGGAUAUUUCUUUUACAAUAUUCUUUCCCGGAAAAUCUCUGGUAGAUAUAAAAAAAGGUAACAAAUAAUUCAAACAUGUGUAAAGCUCAUGUUCUCUCUCUAUUUUCUCACAGAAAAGAUCAAACGAGUUUUGAAUUAUGAAAACAUCUUCGGUUUAUGGAAGAAAAUAAAGUACCUCAUAAAAAUUCAAUUGAAUCAAAAUUAGAAUCAGACUACAGGCAAAUACUUUACUAGCCUUCUCGUCCUUCUUCAAACAUGUUCCUCAAAAAACGAAUGCUACGCAAGUCGUUCGGCUUAGGGCAAGGGACUUUACUUUUUUUUAGAAGUAAACCAGUUCUGAAUUUAAAAGAAACAAGCUGGUUCACAUAACCGAGGAUGAGCUUCAACUUGGUUGUCCUUAGACUUAUAUCUCGUACUUCGACUUGAAGGAAAGUGAAUAGUGAUGGAAUCUACGAUACCCACUGUCGUGAAACUAAUUUUGUUAAUUGCUUUCUGUGAAGUUCAAUCCUCCCAAAGAGAUCCCAGAUUCUUUGACUUAUGGAAUCUGAAAUUUAAUUUUCUGAAAUUUCUUCACGAGGGUGAUCAGUUCGCGUCCAUGGAAUUUUUAGAUACAACUCCGGAGCAAAAUUCCGAAUAUGAUUUCAUCGUUGUUGGUGCUGGAAGUGCAGGUGCGACUUUAGCAUCCAGAUUAAGUGAAAUAGAAGACAAUACAGUGCUGCUAAUAGAAGCAGGAAGAUCUGAGAAUUUAGCAAUGGACAUUCCUAUACUACCGCACGUCCUGCAAUUCAGCAACGACAUUAAUUGGAAACAUCGAACAGAGUCUUCGAACAAAUCUUGUCUGGGGAUGACUGACCACAGAUGCAAUUGGCCUCGAGGCAAGGUUAUGGGAGGUACAAGUGUCAUAAAUUAUAUGAUUGCUACGAGAGGACAUCCUAGCGACUUUGACAGUUGGGCAAGAAUGGGAAACAAGGGUUGGUCUUAUGAAGACGUGCUUCCUUAUUUCAAGAAACUAGAAAAUAUGAAAAUCCCAGAAUUAAGAAUGGACAGAAGCGUUCAUAGCACCAAAGGUCCUCUCAACAUCGAAUAUCCACGAUAUCGAAGUCCACUGGCCAAAGAGUUUUUGGGAGCUGGGUUAGAGAUGGGCUACAAUCUAGUUGAUUAUAAUUCAAAUCAAACAUUGGGAUUUGCUUACAUUCAGGGAACAACUAAGAAUGGAGAGAGGAUGAGUACCAACAGAGCUUAUCUCCACCCUAUACGUGACAGAAGGAAUCUUGUCCUUACGAGGAAUAGUUUAGUGGAAAAGGUUUUGAUCGAUCCAGUAUCUAGAAGAGCCCAUGGUGUUGAGUUUACCAAAUAUGGUAGAAGACUCCAUAUUCGUGCUAGAAAGGAAGUAAUCCUUUGUGCUGGUGCCAUUGGAUCCCCUCAAAUAUUGAUGCUGUCUGGAAUUGGACCAAAGAGUCAUCUUCAAGACUUUGGGAUCAAAGUAAUCAAAAAUGCUCCAGUUGGAGAGAAUCUGAUGGAUCACGUCCCUUAUGGGGGUUUAAUUUUUCUCGUCAAUCAAUCUACUCCAUUUCUAUUGAGCAAACUGUUUAAUCCAGCGUUUCCUUACAUGCAGGAUUAUCUUAGCAAACGAAAUGGCCCGUUUACAAGUUUCGGUGGUGCUGAAGCCAUUGCUUUUAUUGACGUUGAUCGACCUGGAAACUCUAGAAGUCAACCAAAUGUAGAGCUUUGCUUCGCUGGUCUCAGCUUACUAGCUGAUCCUAAUGCUUAUAAACUUUAUGGUUUGUCUGAAGAAUUUUUUCAAAGAAUGUAUAAAGAUUUUAUUAAUCAGCCUGCCUGGACGAUAUUUCCAAUAGUGUUGAAGCCCAAAAGUAGGGGAAGGAUUCUUUUAAAAAAUAGACAGGCAGGAAGUGAGCCGAGGCUUAUAUCAAAUUAUUUCGAAGAUCCAGAAGAUAUGAGGCUGAUGAUAAAGGCAAUUAGGACUGCUAUUGCUAUCAGCAAAUCGAAAGGAAUGAAGAAGUUUGGAUCUAUAUUACAUAAUGUACCAAUUCUCGGAUGCGAAAUUUACGAGUAUGAUUCUGAUCAGUACUGGGAAUGUGCUGUGAGGACAUUUCCUUAUACACUCUACCACUAUUCGGGAACUUGCAAGAUGGGACCAGAAUGGGAUUCGACAGCAGUUGUUAAUCCGAGAUUACAAGUGAUUGGCGUUAAGAGUUUAAGAGUAGUGGAUGCUUCAAUAAUGCCGGAAGUUACGUCGGGACACACAAAUCUUCCUGCAAUUAUGAUUGCUGAAAAAGCAGCUGAUUUGGUGAAAGAAGACUGGAACUACCCAAUUGGAACUCCUUAUCGUUAGUCAGUGUAAUUUUAGCGUCGAAAUAUUUCAAAAUUUCACGGAGAAAAAUGGAUGUUUAAAUGUAGAUGUUCAAACCCGGACUGAAAAAUUA